AUGGCGUUCCGCCUCCCCCCCACAAGCACACUUACGCUGCUCCUCCGAGCGCUGCAAGUCCUCUUCAGCGCCCUCACGCUCGCUCUAUCCGCUUCACUGCUGACAACGCACAAAUGGGGCGCGGUACCCAAACUCAUGUGUUUCGCGGCGCUGACGGGCCUCGUCUCGCUGCUGAGCGCGCUGUUCUUCGCUGCAAGUGCGGUGCGCCCGUUUCUGCGGCGCGGCGUGGUUGCGGCGGGGGACGGUGUGGUGUUUUUUCUGAGUCUGGUUGUGGGGAUUGUCCUAUCCCUCCGUCUGCACGGCACAUCGUGCCACAACACGUAUGCGCUGCUGCAAGACUCCGACACCAUCAUCUGCGGCGGCGUAGCGGGAGACGUGGAAGACGAUGAAUCCAAAUUCAAAGCGUGCUACUAUUGGUAUAUUAGCGGGCCCGAGGCGCUAGCAAAGCGCUGUGUUAUGGCAAAGGUGGAUGAUGGGUUUCUGCUUGCUACUGCGGCGGUGCUGGGGAUUAUCGCGCUGAUGAUGUAUGCGAGGGUCAAGAAGGAGUGUCGUGAGGAGAGGGUCAGGCUGGAUGGUAUGUAA